AUGACUGUCCUCAAUUUACUGGAGAAGAUCUCUCAGGAUCCACAAAUUAUUAUCGAUAUAUUUGUCAACUAUGACUGUGAUGUGGAUGCUCCAAAUAUCUUCGAGAGCUGCUAUGGGUCUUACGUUUUGCAGAUGGAAAAUAUGUUGAGCUCUUUGAAUGGAGUUGCAAUUGGGAAGUGGAGGACCGUCAAUGGCCUUCUGAAAACUGCGCUAGGUCCACCCGCUGGUUCUACCACCACUUUGUCUCCUGCCCAGGAUGUCACAUUUCGGCAUGAAUCCGUAAAGUGCUUGGUAACAAUCAUCAAGUCGAUGGGAGCUUGGAUGGAUCAACAGCUGAGAAUUGGAGAUUUUUGCCCACAAAAGACCUCUGAUAAUGAGAAUUUAACAGAUAAUUGCCCUACCUUUGGUGGAGAAGAUGGAAAUUUUCCUGACUAUGAGUUGCAUUCAGAAGCAAACUCUGAAUUCUCAGAUGCUGCUACCUUGGAACAACGCCGAGCUUACAAGUUGGAGCUUCAGAAAGGGGUUUCGUUGUUUAAUCGGAAACCUUCAAAAGGCAUUGACUUUUUAGUAAGCACCAAGAAAAUUGGUGGUACUCCGGAAGCUGUGGCAUCUUUUCUUAAGAGCACCAGUGGCAUGAAUGAAGCUAUGAUUGGUGACUAUUUGGGUGAAAGGGACGAUUUCCCUUUGAAAGUUAUGCAUGCGUAUGUCGAUUCCUUUAACUUUGAAGGAAUGGACUUUGGCGAGGCAAUUAGAUUUUUCCUGAAGGGCUUCAGAUUACCUGGGGAGGCACAGAAGAUUGAUCGAAUCAUGGAAAAGUUUGCUGAGCGCUAUUGUAAAUGCAAUCCUACUUCAUUUACUAGUGCAAAUACUGCUUAUGUUCUUGCCUACUCUGUGAUAAUGCUCAACACGGAUGCCCAUAAUAGCAUCGUAAAAGAUAAGAUGUCCAAGGCUGAUUUCAUUCGUAAUAACCGUGGGAUUGAUGAUGGCAAGGACUUACCUGAAGAUUAUUUGGGCACCCUUUAUGAUCAAAUUGUGAAAAAUGAGAUUAAGAUGAAUGCUGACUCCUCUGUACCACAAAGCAAGCAGGGGAACAGCCUCAAUAAACUUUUGGGCUUGGACAGUAUACUCAAUCUAGUUUGGAAGCAGACAGAAGAAAGGCCGUUGGGUGCAAAUGGACUUCUGAUAAAUCACAUUCAAGAGCAGUUUAAGGCAAAAGCUGGAAAAUCAGAGUCUGUGUAUUAUGCUGUGGCAGAUGCAGCAAUAUUGAGGUUUAUGGUUGACGUCUGCUGGGGACCGAUGCUUGCUGCUUUUAGUGUGACUCUAGACCAGAGUGAUGAUAAGGCUGCUACUUCUCAAUGCUUACAGGGCUUCCGACAUGCUGUGCAUGUUACUGCAGUGAUGGGCAUGCAGACCCAGAGAGAUGCUUUUGUUACCACUGUGGCCAAGUUUACUUACCUCCAUUGCGCUGCAGAUAUGAAGCAAAAAAACGUUGAUACCGUCAAGGCAAUAAUCUCAAUCGCCAUUGAAGAUGGGAAUAAUCUCCAUGAAGCAUGGGAGCAUAUCUUAACAUGUCUAUCUCGAUUUGAACACUUGCAAUUGUUGGGAGAAGGCGCACCAUCUGAUGCAUCCUUUUUUCAUGCUUCAAAUGUUGAUUCUGAUGAAAAAUCAGUAAAAUCCUCGGGUUUAAUAUCUUUUAAGAAAAAAGGAACUCUCCAGAAUCCAGCUGUGGUGGCUGUUGUUCGAGGGGGUUCGUAUGACAGCACCACUAUUGGAAUCAACACUGCAGGUCUGGUAACCCCAGAACAAAUCAAUAAUUUUAUUUUGAACUUGAACUUGCUUGAUCAGAUUGGGAAUUUUGAGUUGAACCACAUAUUUGCUCAUAGCCAAAGGUUAAACAGUGAAGCAAUAGUGGCUUUUGUGAAAGCCCUUUGCAAAGUUUCCAUGUCAGAAUUGCAGUCUCCGACGGAUCCUCGUGUAUUCAGCCUCACAAAAAUAGUUGAAGCACUAUAA